UCUGUGGCGCUGCAGGUCCCGGAGGACUUCAUCUCUCGGGAGCUCUUUGACACCAUCCAGGUGUAUGUCAUCACGAAGCCCGAGCUGCAGAACAAGCUGAUCACCGUGACGGCCAUGGAGAAGAAGCUGAUCGGCUGCCCUGUAUGUAUCGAGCACAAGAAGUACAGCCGAAACGCUUUGCUCUUCAACCUGGGCUUUGUGUGUGAUGCCAGAGCCAAGGCCUGUGCGCUGGAGCCCAUAGUGAAGAAGCUGGCUGGCUACCUCACCACCCUCGAGCUGGAAAGUGGCUUCAUCUCCAACGAGGAGAGUAAACAGAAGCUGGUUCCCAUCAUGACCAUCCUGCUGGAGGAGCUGAAUGCCAAAGGAAAGUGCACCCUGCCCAUAGAUGAGUCGAACACCAUCCACCUGAAGGUGAUCGAGCAGCGCCCGGACCCCCCCAUUGUGCAGGAGUAUGAUGUCCCCGUCUUUACCCAAGACAAGGACGACUUCAACUCCCAGUGGGACCUCACCACACAGCAGAUCCUGCCCUACAUCGACGGCUUUCGGCACGUCCAGAAGAUUUCCGCAGAAGCCGAUGUGGAGCUGAACUUGGUGCGCAUUGCCGUGCAAAACCUGCUGUACUACGGGGUCGUCACGCUCGUUUCCAUACUCCAGUACUCCAAUGUCUACUGCACCACGCCAAAGGUCCAGGACCUGGUGGAUGACAAGUGUCUCCAGGAAGAGUGUCUGUCCUACGUCACCAAACAAGGGCACAAGCGAGCCAGCCUCAGGGACGUCUUCCAGCUGUACUGCGGACUGAGCCCUGGCACGACAGUGCGAGACCUCAUCUCCCGCUACACCCUGCAGCUCCAGAGGGUGGACGAGAGGAGACUCAUCCAGUUUGGCUUGAUGAAGGGCCUUAUCCGACGGCUCCAGAAAUCCCCCGUCAAGGUCGCCCGGGAUGAGCGGAGCCACCCAGCCCGGCUGUACACGGGCUGCCACAGCUACGACGAGAUCUGCUGCAAGACUG